AUAAACAAUAAUGUGUGUAGAUCUAAUUUGUUUUGAAUGUGAUGCCGCAGCGGCAUCUACAAAUAAGUCUAGAUCUAGAUUAGUAGAUAUAUAGAUAAAAUUAACUGAUUGGUAUUUAUACCUAGAUCUAUAGAUCUAGCUAGAACUUAGAAGUAGGAUCUAGGAAAAUUUAUAUAUAUAAAAUAAAAAAUCAAACAAGUAAACAUAAAACAAGUUACAAGGCUGUGAGUGUGUCGUGAAGUCGUGUGUGUGAAGCACUGACUGAGACUGAAACUGAAGAAGCCACCUCUAGCACAAUUUCUUGGAUCCUUACAUCUCUUUGAAGAUGUCAUCUUACUACCAAAGUGAUGUUGUGGAAUAUUCAUGGAGAAAACUACAUAUGACUCGUGCUGCAAGACAGGCCCUGCUGUCAUGUCUGAAAACAGCUUUUAUCUUUGUACUUCUGUUCACAGAUAUGUCAUAUUCAGUUUUUUCUGGAAUGUUUUCAAUGGUUCAUCCUGUCUUCUGGUUUGUUGAGCUUUCCAUUGCCAUACUGCUAUUGUUCCAGUUGAUUAGCAAUGGGCUGUUACUUGUGCGAUAUUUUUGGUUGUAUUUCUUUGGCUCUGCAGUAGUAGUCACUGAAGAACAAAGAAAGCUAAUGGCUAUUCCACAGACUGACAAAAAUUUUUUUACUCCUCCUAAAAAAAAAGAUGGCAACCUCUCAUCUAUCUCUCCUCUGAGUUUUAAUCAGUCUUCAAGUUACAACUUUGGGGAUAAUUCACCUCAUCGGUUGAAUAGCAGCUAUACAUCUCCUUCUCCUAACAGGUAUCACACGCCCUUGCAACAUUCUACAUCCAUGGUGAUGUCACCGUAUAGCUCCCUGAUGAACUCAUCCUCCCUCCACACCAGUUAUAACACUUCAAUGGAUAUGAGUCUCAACAUGUCAGGAAACUCAGUGAAUUCUGGUUUAUAUGAUGUAGAUAGAAGUAGCUCAAGAUCUAGGAGAUCUGCAUCAGUUCCAGUUAACACUAAAUCAUCAAAGUAUAGUAGAAUAACUGAUGUGAGUGAAUUGCGCAAGUACAUACAUGAAGAAGAGGAAAAAGAACGCAAUAGAUCACAGGUAUCUCUGGAAAAUGUUAGUUCAGGUAAUACUUCAUUCUGGAACUAUGGUUCAAGCCCACUAGACUUCUCAUACAUACUGCGACGAUUUGCUUACCAGCUCUCACCUAGGUCAUCUGCAGCACCAACUCAGAGCUCUUCCAAUGAUCAAAGCACCAGCCAUGGUGUUGGAGAGGUGUGGAAAACCUAUGGUGUUACAGAAGAUGAUCUUUAUAUUUGGAUAGAGAAACUAAGAAAGUGGAUCAGCUUUACAAUUGUAACUCGAUUGAAUACAGAAAUAGAUGAAAUCAAUGCAACAUUGCAAAAAAUAGGAUGUGAAGACUCUCUUAUUGGAGAGGUAGGAGUAGCAACACUUAAACAAUUAGCUUUGACUAAAGGAACUUAUGUUCCCACUCUGAAUUCAGUCGUUUCUUACCUGGACUUUACACCCAAUCAAGAGUACCUCAGAACUAGAAUCAGAGAUCUUAGCACUGGUAGCAUGAGUGCCUACACCUGGGACAGAGGGGGCAACUAUGGCAAACCUUGGAAUGAGCACCUAACUACUGAUGCUGCUUUAGUCAUGCACCUGUUCUGCUGCUACAUGGACUCUCGAUUGCCUGCACAGCCCAGAUAUCCAGACGGAAAAUCAUUCACUGCACAACAUUUUGUUAAGACACCGGAUAAGCCCAGUUUAGACCGCAAAGACAAUCUUCAGAUCUAUCAAAGCUGCAUCAAUCCUCCACACUUUCAAGUUGUCAUUGGAUCUCAGAUUUACAAUUUGUCUAAGGGAAGGAACAAUAUGUUUCAAGCUAUUCUGCUCUUUUUGUACCACAUUAAAGUCAAAGAAAGUGGAAUGCUUGGCCGUGUCAACCUGGGAAUGUCUGGACUCAACAUGUUGUGGAUUUUUGAUUGAUAGACUACUGCAUUUCUCCUCUACUUUAUAAGGCCUCAACUGAAGUAAAAAUUUUACAAAUUACAUUUUGCUAGGGGGAAACAUCUGUAUGAAUAUAAUAAAUUGGGAAAAAAAAAGAUUGACAUACAAUUGGAAAAGGUUCUCCUUUUGAGAUUUUAUCACUUUCACUGCUGCUUUUUAUAGUUUCUAAUGUCUCUUGUACACAAUUUGGUUACCAUUUAGCAGAUGACACUGUCAAUGUUUUCCUUUGAACUGAAGCAAAGACUAUGCAUUGAAUAUGUAUGGAUAUUAAGUUUUGAAUUAAAUCUUAAAACAUUCAUGGCUACAAUAAACAAUGAACUUUGCUUGCUUUAAUGUUAAAUUGUAAAAUGUCUUUUUGAAGGAAUUGUAAUUGUUACUUUGUAUUUUUAAAUGUGUUUCUUUAUGUUAGAAUUAUUUUUUUUUUUUAUUUGACCUUGCAACUAAUUAAAACAAAUGUUCAUUUCCUUGUUAUUUAAUUAUGUAAAAAUAGUUUGGUGAUCUACAUACAUGACUAGAUGAAGUCUGUCAUCCCCUGAAAACAUACCAGUAUUCAUUCAAUUAACUCUGUAUUAUUAAUGAUGAAUAACCCUAAUGACCUCAGCCACUGCCUCAGCCUAUCCUCUUCACACUCAUGACCUUAUUAUUUAAGGUGUCGUGCCUGUAAAUAGUUUUAAGUUUAUGUUUUGUUGUUGUUGUUUUUAAUGUUUAUAUUUACAUUCUGUAAAUAAAAGCAUUGUUAGAGUUUUAAUCUUGGUGAACUUUGAACCUGGUCUUGUGCCCAGAACUGGGUUUCUUGGCUGCAAACUGUGUGUUUGUUCAUUGAAGUGUACAUUUUGUGUUUGUUGACUGGGAGAAAAUAUUGAAGUUAUUGAUUGUGUCAUCUUUACUUUAUUGUUAAUGUUUUAUCAGCGGUGGAAAUAAAAUCAAGAGUUUAGA